AUGGCUAACGGAUACUCUCGCAUGCCCGGCGAAGUGAACGCCUCUUACAAUAACCGCAAGAUAUCGCAUACCACACUUUACCCCGAAGCCAUCCCGGCCAAAAAGCGGGCUUCAUCAUUCUGCCCUGUCCGAGGCCCGGGGAUCGUUGACGAGUCGAACCCAGAUCCCUUUUAUCUGGAGCACACUCUGGCAGAAGGUGGCCCCUGGGGCCCUGGGCGGCCGCACAGUCGCGAUGUCAGACAUAGUGACGAAGCCAGUCAGUACUUGAUGCUUGGGUCUUUACACAACAACAAAGGCGGUCCUUUCGCAAUCUCGUCGCGUGGAGAUACCACGAGGUUCCGAUCCAACGUCAACCGGUCCACUCUGUCGGUGGUUGAGUUGGAGCAUCAAUUGAGCCUCCGCGAAAUCACUGCCAACCAGCCCUGGGGAGGAAAGUUUCCAAGCUACGAUCAAUCGUCUUUUAGCUCCGUGCAAACCGACGCGACGCCGGAUUUGACACCCAGCAGUUCAUUCUCUUCCAACUAUUCCGCCCUCACGAACCGGGAAACCAUCACUUCGGGGUCAGAAUAUCAGGCUUUGCUCAACCAUCAAGCCCCGCCCAGUCCUAGGCGCCAAGUAUAUCCGGCUUCAUCUACACCUACCAACCUAUCUCAGACAACGUUGACAACGGAGCCUUCAACACCGACGCGGUCGUUGAAGACGCUCGCCGGGCCAUCCAACGCAUCCACAGACACUCUGGUCAUGCAGAGAGUAAGUAGUCACGAUCCCGCAUCAACCCGUGGGAAGCCAUUGCCGUCACUGCCCAACGGCGUCCGCAAUCGAAACAGCAAGCCCGGUAAGAAAGGGCCACCGCCAGCUCUUCGUCCUCCAAUCGCCCCGUCCAUGAUAUCUCCACCUUGCUGGUACAACCCAGUGACCAAAGAGCCUCACGUAUCGCACUUCGACCAGGCUAUGUUUAUUUCUGGGAAUGACCGUCCGAGCCCGGUGCCGAGCCCGGGCCCAGCGUCACCAUCUGUUGAGCGCCACCCGAUGGCUAAGCGGCCAGCAACCUCACCGGCGGGGAUGAUCUGCCAGCACGAACAGUCGGUUUGGGAGUCCGACUCGGAUAGCGAGUCAGUUGAUCCGAGGUCCUUGUCCCGCAAGCCCAUGGACACUUUGAAGAAGGUCCGAAGCCGAGUACAUCUUCGCGUCGCCAAGUCGGCCCCAAAGCUCAACAAUACUCAGGGUCAAAGUCCACACGCACAGGGAUUGGAAAGAUUCCCUUCCACGCCCGAUCCACCUCCGGAGCUGCUAUGCCCGUCGCCUAUGCGAGAUCUCAUUCGGUCUCGGUCCAAAGACAUUCUUCGGCCCACCGCGCAGCAGACCCUGAGACUAGUCGCCCCAUCUACGACCUCACUCGUUCAACCGCGAUCGCGACGCAAUAGCAACGGGGCCGUGAACAUUGACAUGGACCGCACGACGGCCGCUGCCAUGCAAGCGAAGUCGCGACGGCGGCAACGAUCGGACUCAUCGCCCAAGGUUCUGACUGAGGCUGAAAAGCUGUGUACUCUCUGCCGGGAGGACCGAUCUGACCGAGCGAUUCACCAAAGUCUCACCCUCGCGCGGCCCCCGCUCUAUAAACGGGUGUGGGAGUCGUUGCGCGUCCUGGGCUGUCAUGGCGAUCUUCCUCCCCCGCGACCCCGCCGACCCAUGUGA